CGGCAUGCAUUCAUUGGUUUGCUUGCUUUUUGCAAAGUGCCGAAGUUUCGGAGACAGCGAAAACACACUAGAAGGUCCUGCGAGACGCCAGUUCGCCGUAGUAAUUUAAAAUCGUUCGCUUUUACGUCCAACCCCCUAUAAACGGUGCGUUAGUGCGAGUUUUUAUUGUUGACGACCAGUGUUCUUCACAAAGUAUAACGAACAGACAGGAUUCCAGAGUCCGGAUCGGUAACAGUCACGACCAAUCUAGACUCGAGUAGCAUUUGAAAACCUGUGGUCAAACGUCAAGAAUACGUAGCGAAAUCCUACCCAAAUCAGCGGGAGUCGCUUCGAACGAGCUAAAGCGAAAUCAACGAUCUAAUUAGACGACGAAUCGAGAGCUACUCGCCUUCCGAAACGAGAGCAGUUUUUGCCGAAUCAACACAGAACGCGUGCUAAGUGUUACGGCUACAAAAAGGCUACCAAACGUUGCACUUUGCAAAACUUUAACACAAGAAGCUUAAUAUCAUCCUAAAAACAUGAUGGCUGUCGCUGCUGCCCAGAAGAACCGUGAAAUGUUCGCGAUCAAGAAAUCUUACAGCAUUGAGAACGGAUACCCGUCCCGGCGCCGUUCUCUGGUCGACGAUGCCCGCUUUGAGACGAUUGUGGUUAAGCAAACCAAACAAACCGUUCUGGACGAGGCCCGCGCAAAGGCCAACGACUCUAGUUUGGAGUGUACCAUUCUGCAGGCCCAAGAACAGCAUCAACAAGAAGACAAAAUUCCGCAAGAGGUUCAACAGACAGUCGAGGAUCAGGAUAAUGACGAAGAGGAAAUUCGAAUGGUCGCAGUUGAUGAGCUACCCCAAAAGCCGCAGGAACACGUUCCAAGUGCCGACGAUGAGGACAAGGAAACAGACGCUGGGCUAACUGAGGAGGAAGUUGUGCUGCAGAACGCUGCCUCGGAAUCGCCCGAAGCCGAGAAGGAGGUGGUCCGUGCCGCCGUGGUCGUCCGACUGCGGGACGGUAUGGGAUCGCUUGGACGCAUCCUUAAGGCGGUGGAAGCGUACCACGGCACCGUGGUACAUCUGGAGUCGCGCCAGUCGCGCAGCGACGGCGUCCAGUUUGACGUCCUGGUCAAGGUCGAUAUGGCCCGCUCCAAUCUGCUACAGCUGAUCCGUUCCCUGCGCCAGACGCAGUCCUUCGGUAGCGUUAGCUUGCUGUCGGAGAACAACGUCAACGUGAAGGCGCCCUGGUUCCCCAAGCACGCCUCCGAGCUGGACAACUGCAACCAUCUGAUGACCAAGUACGAGCCGGAUCUUGACAUGAACCAUCCCGGUUUCGCAGAUCAGGUGUACCGUGCUCGUCGUAAGGAAAUUGCCGAAAUCGCAUUCGCUUACCGAUAUGGAGACCCAAUCCCGCACAUCGAUUACACCGAAACGGAAAACAAGACCUGGUCGGCCGUGUUCGCACGCGUGAAGGAGCUGAUGGUGAAGCAUGCCUGCUCCGAGUACAUUGCCGUCUUCAAGAAGCUCGAGGAGGAGAAGAUCUUCGUGAACGAGCGCCUGCCACAGCUCCAGGAAAUGAGCGAUUUCCUGCGCAAGAACACCGGAUUCACGCUCCGACCGGCCGCUGGUCUGCUGACGGCUCGCGAUUUCCUCGCUUCGCUGGCGUUCCGUAUCUUCCAGAGCACGCAGUACGUGCGACACAUCAACUCACCCUACCACACACCGGAACCUGAUUGCAUCCAUGAACUGCUCGGUCACAUGCCGCUGCUUGCCGACCCAAGCUUCGCCCAGUUCUCGCAAGAAAUCGGAUUAGCCUCGCUCGGUGCCUCGGAUGAGGAAAUUGAAAAGCUCUCGACGGUGUACUGGUUCACGGUUGAGUUCGGUCUGUGCAAGGAAAAGGACGAGGUCAAGGCUUACGGUGCCGGUCUGCUGUCCGCUUACGGUGAGCUGCUGCACGCCAUCAGCGACAAGCCGGAGCACCGCCCGUUCGAGCCCGCUUCGACCGCUGUACAGCCGUACCAGGACCAGGAGUACCAACCGAUCUACUACGUCGCCGAAAGCUUCGAGGAUGCGAAGGAGAAGUUCCGCCGCUGGGUCUCGACCAUGUCGCGACCGUUCGAGGUGCGCUUCAACCCGCACACCGAGCGCGUGGAGGUGCUCGAUUCGGUCGACAAGCUGGAAACGCUCGUCUCGCAGCUGAACACCGAAGUGCUGCACCUUACAAAUGCCAUCGCCAAGCUGAAGCAGCCAUUCUGCUAAGUCUCGCGGGUCCGAAACGGCACACGCCGACAGAAGACCCACUCCCAAACAGCAGCAUGUGAUCUGAUGCGUGUGUGUGUGUGAGUGAGAAAGAGAGAGAGAGAGAGAGAGCGUACGAGAAAAAAGGUGCGAGUGAGAGAGAGAAGCGAGACACUAAAGCAAAGCAAAAAAAGGAAAUAUGUCUGAUCGACAAGGACAAUAUAUGCGUACGCCCCCCUCAUCCUGUGGAAGUAGCUCGCGGCAAGCGUCCUGGACGACGCUUCAGCAGUGAAGGGGCACGUUAGCUCCCGCCAUUCUGCGGACUACGCUAAACACGAUGUAUACUAUAUCCGCUACUUCUACCCACUGCUACUACAACUACUACAUAUUACUACUACUGCUACUAUUAUACGGAACAGUAUUUUGCACCCACUCGGAGCACCAAAACUCGCAAAGAAGAAUGCUGGUGCGAAUAUCCUUUUUUAUGUUUAUUUUUUUUUCGUAUCAUUUACAAUCACGUAUGCGACGGCAUACGAUCGAAUCACUAUCGACCAGGGGGUUUGGCGAAGCACAGCAAACAACCCCUGCUGGAAGGAAAAUUGUGCAAUCGAAGCAGAUCAGAUCCUUGUUUUGCAUCAUCCCAAAACCAAACACCCAAUAAAAGCGUGACGCCUGUGGCGUCCAUACUGUCCGGAAAGUAUGGAUCCCGCAUCGUUCCCACGCAAACACACAGAAAAAAAAACGGAGAAGCGUCAGGAGUAUCUCGCUCCAACGAAACGCCACAGCUGUACAGCUUCGGUAUUCGAAGCUCGUAAGCCCUCGCAAUCGAAAAAGGAAAGGAAGUAGCAGGAGAAAGGGAGAGAGAUAGAAAGAGUUUUGGGGUCGAUCUCCAUCGUCUUGAUCUUCUCUUCUCGCUUUCUUCUCCUCGCCCACACCCCCCCCUUAUUGACGGAGGACGACGAACGGAAAGAAGGAUUCAUCGCAAUAACAUCGCAACGUGCCAUCACCUGUUCAUACCGGUGGCACCAACACGUUUCAAAUUCCUCAGACCGACGACUAUUCGGUUGUCGAGUAGUGCAAUCACCCGUGUUCGUGUUCUGAGCGUCCCGUUCCUCUUCUCCAGCGACUUGCAUGCGAGCCAACGCAUGUGAGCCAUCCAACGAAAAGGACACGCUACGACGGAUGAACAACAUUCAGUAUUGUUCCAAACGGAUCCCUGCCAGUCCAAGUCCAACAGGAUAGACAUACACACCAACCAAAUGCCUGACAUAUCCUGAACUCCAAAUUCCGUUCUUCCUUGUUCCUUCUUCCCCGGCGGUGGGUGGUGUACCACAUACUGCCAUCUGGUACUCCGGUUCCUUUCCCACAUCGAGAGUUACACCUUCCUACAUUCCCCCAUUCCUAUUGUUUCUCUCACUCGCUCUCGCGUGCUCGCAAGUUCCUUUCCCCCUUUCCCGAUCCUACACACCCCAUCAACCCCUAACCCUAAUACCGUACGAUCCCCUUGCGUCCCAUCCCUUCCAAAUAUGUGUACGUCCUGUCAACGUAGCGUAGAAGAGUAUUGUUUAUUGAAGAGAACAUAUUUUUUUAUUUAACGUAAUUUAAGUAUUGUAUACUAUUUAAAGUUAGUGUUUAAACUUAAAUUAUUCACUUGACUUGAGCAGAUACUUUGUUUUUCGUUAUAUGCAGACCAAUGUAGGCGGAAUGUUGCGGCAAUCCCUUCUUGUCAAGGGAUCGGAUUUAGGUAUGGCAGAAGAAGUGAACGUGAUCGCGAUCGCGGCUUGAAUAGUUCGUUCGACGGUACGAUACCGGUUGGACAUCCGGCCAACAGAACCAAGCAGACGUACAGAGCUUGUGUAUACGAUCAUCUGCAUUUGCCUUAAACCAUCGUAAAGGAAGUGACUGUCCAAUACGAUACACUAACAUCUGUUAAGGUGCAAGCGGUGAGAGCAUACGAUAUUUCUGUGCGUGUGGAAGCUUCUAUUGGUUGGGAACCAUUCCACCGCGUUCCGAUCACAGCUAGCUACUAGUGAGCUUACUUUACGCUUUAAGCUUAGAGAUGAAGGUGACAAGCCGUAAGCUAGGCUUGGUAGGAAAGGUUUCUUCUGGUAGUAAUCAAAAUCCGCGACCCAAAACGGCGCGCGCAACAUUCACGGCUCAGGACAGGUUAAGACAAGCAAUCCUAAAAGACAACACACUGCAACGAAAAUUCAUCCUCGACUGUCUGUAAUCUCAUGUUUGUUUUUUUAUAUAACUGUGUAUUUUUUUAUUAUUGUGUAUAAAGGCAACAACAACAAUGAGCAUGAGCGGAAAAUUUCUAUUUAUAUUUAUACGAGACAAUCUUAGCACGCGCACGUUUAAGAAAGUGAAAAAAUGUAAACAAAAAAAAAUGGAUACAGGUAAAAAUUUUCCGUCUUCAUGAAAAUCUUAUAUGUAAAAGCUAUCCAGCACAAAGUAGCGAUGCAAAUAAAAGAAACUAAGGAGAAAAAAA